UUAUUUUAUUAAAUCGUGUUGUGAGUUGCUUAUAACUAACACCAACAUUUAAGUAAACAAUGUAGGGAAAAAAAUUGAGAACUGUUAUUUGAAUGGGAAUGACGUCACAUUAUUUUUCACAGUCGGGCGAACUACUUUAGCCUAGCUUAAUUUGACGUCUUUGACACAGGCCCUCGCGUAUUUUUACGACUUUGGUAACCGUAUCACAACCAUGUUACGCCCGUUACAAUUCAGAUGAUAUUUACCAGAGUUUUUCCUGGUUCAAAUUAAGGCUCUACAGCUUUGGCUCAAUGAAGAACCAUUCGUUCAGUCAUUUGUAGAGAUGAUCUGUACCAGAUAGUUCACGAGAGAUCUUCCAUUUGCAGUCCCUGUGGCAGAAAGACAAUGGAUGAGUAGAAUAGGAAGGAAGAAGUACACGCAGCAGAAGAGGAAAGUCCUCUUCCAAGAUGGCCAGUGAGCUCCAUGAGGCCAUCUUCAUGGCCAAGCAGGAGCGCCACAAGAAUCUCUUCCUCAACUACAGGAAUCUCAACCAUUUCCCCGUGGAGCUGCUCAAAGACGAGGGCUUGCAAUUCCUGGAGAGGCUUUACAUGAAGGGGAACUUGCUCACCACGCUGCCUGACAAUCUUGCACAGAAGCUACCGAAUCUAAUAGAACUAUAUUUGCAUUCCAACAACAUCGUGAUUAUUCCCGAAGCUAUUGGAAACUUGCCACGGCUGCAGUCACUGGACCUGAGCUGCAACUCCCUGCAUCUGCUCUGCCCGGAGAUUGGACGACUGAGAUCUUUGAGACACCUGCGACUGUCCAACAACCAGCUCAAAAGUCUACCACCAGAGAUCGGUGACCUUCAGUUCCUGGAGACUCUGGACGUGUCUAUGAACCUGCUGACAUCGCUCCCCGACCGUCUGCACCGCUGCUCGUCCCUGCAGCACCUGAGUGCCGACCACAACCUGCUGAGCCACGUGCCGCGCCACCUCUGCCGGCUGGCUCGCCUCACCCAGCUCUCCAUGGCCGCCAACAUCCUCACCUUCCUCCCGCUCGAUCUGGGAGGCUCGCGCGAGCUGCAGUUUGUGUUCGUGGACUACAAUGUGGACCUGAAAGGCCUUCCGUCGUACUUGUACAACAAGGUCAUCGGAUGCAGCGGACAUGUUGCCUAUUUCCUCCGCGUGCGCAGUUGCGGCGCGUCUCCGCCGGGCGACGACCAGGAUGAGGCGCUGAGCGAGGCUCUGUUGGGGCUGCCGGCCGAAGUUAAAGCGGUGGCCUCUGAGGCGGACAACGUGGUCCCCUUGGAGGAGCUGGCCAUGAGAACGCUUCACCGACUCUACCAGCAACAAUGGCACCAUGCCACAGAUGUGAAUUUCCCGCCUUCCAUUCCACUGCCGAAGAGUCUCCUGGAUCUGCUGCACUUCCCUCUGGGUCACUGUCACCUCUGCACUCAAGCCAUGUUCACAGUCAUCUACCCCAAACUCUUCCCGCUGCGACACACCGCCCUGGCAGCGGUGCACCGCAGGACCACCGUCAGUUUUGUGGCCUACUGCUGUUCCAGCCGCUGCCUUCGGACUUUUAACCUCCAGAGCUGAAGUGGUUUGCCUCCCACUCUGGAACGGCCAUGUUGACAGCGUGACUAUUUGGCAACUCGAAUAAGGGACAUGCAGGGCCACAUUGGUCCAGAAUAGUACAUGACGUAAACCAGCGCUUUAAAUCUUUUUGAAAUCUUUUCAGCUUCCCGUAUGUUUUUUUUUUCAUCUGCAAAAACAAGUUACCGUAAAGGCGACCCGGCAGACUCCCGCUCUGGAUCGGUCUUUUGGAUGCGUUGCGUCUGUUCGUUUCGUGCGGUACAAUGACACUGAAGCUAUUAUAAAGCUGAGCUAACAAUGCCCCCUUUAAUAUUUUCAAUGUAUUAUAUAAUGAUGUUCAGUCUAUAUUACAUUUGCCAGAGGUUCAAGGUUC